AGAAAAAAAAAAGAAAAGAAGAAGAAGAGAUCUCGAUACUAUGAAAAAUCGAGAUUAGAAAUUUAGAAGAGACACCAGUCCCUCUCUCUACUCUUUACUUUUUUAUUUACUCUGUUUGCUCUUCAAGCAAGAAGAAGCUUUACUUACUCAGAAGAAGAAGGCUUGAGUUCAAAGGCAGCAUAGAAUCUGGGUCGUCUUGCUCUCCAAGUUUAUAUAAGUCGGCGCUUGAAAGUUGGAACCUUGAAGGCUAGAUUUGGGCUCUCAGAGUUGGAGAUUUUGAGAGUAUUGUAUUCAUGGAGGAAGAUUGCUGCGCCACACAACUCAUCUAUGGAGAUGGUGAGUUUAACUCCUCCGGGCUCGACAGGUUCGUCAAGGAAGUGAAGCUUGCUGAGUGUGGACUCUCCUAUGCUGUGGUUGCCAUCAUGGGUCCUCAGAGCAGCGGGAAGAGCACUUUAUUGAACCAUCUGUUCCACACUAAGUUUAGGGAGAUGGAUGCAUACAGUGGAAGGAACCAAACAACUAAGGGUAUUUGGAUAGCCAAGUGUGUUGGCAUUGAGCCUUGCACGAUUGCCAUGGAUUUGGAGGGUACCGAUGGCAGGGAGAGAGGCGAGGAUGAUACUACAUUCGAGAAGCAAAGUGCCCUAUUUGCCCUGGCAGUUGCAGACAUUGUGCUGAUAAAUAUGUGGUGUCAUGAUAUAGGUCGCGAGCAAGCUGCAAACAAACCUUUACUGAAAACAGUUUUUCAGGUUAUGAUGCGCUUGUUCAGCCCCCGUAAAACUACGUUACUGUUUGUUAUACGUGAUAAAACAAAGACCCCAUUUGAAUAUCUGGAGCCAGUUUUGAGGGAAGAUAUACAGAAGAUAUGGGAUGGAGUUCCGAAGCCCCAAGCCCAUAAAAGUACCCCCUUCAGUGAUUUCUUUAGUGUAGAAGUAGUUGCUUUGUCAAGUUAUGAAGAGAAGGAGGAGAAGUUUAAGGAGGAGGUUGCUCAACUGAGGCAGCGCUUUUUCCAUUCUAUUUCUCCAGGAGGGCUUGCUGGUGAUAGACGAGGUGUUGUCCCUGCCACAGGAUUUUCCUUUAGUGCAAAACAGAUUUGGAAAGUAAUCAAAGAGAACAAGGACCUGGAUCUUCCCGCUCACAAGGUUAUGGUUGCUACUGUUCGGUGUGAAGAGAUUGCCAACCAGAAAUUUAAUCAGUUAGUCUAUGAUGAGGAUUGGUUGGCAUUGGAAGAAGCUGUCCAAACUGGUCCCGUACAAGGUUUUGGUAAAAGGCUUAGCUCCAUCCUGGGCACCUAUCUUUCUGAAUAUGACAUGGAGGCCGUCUACUUUGACGAAGGAGUAAGGAACUCAAAACGACAAUUGUUGGGGUCAAAAGCGUUGGAUUUUGUUUACCCUGCAUACACGACCAUGCUGGGACACCUACGCUCUAAAGCACUGGAAGAUUUUAAAGUGAGGCUGGAGCAAUCGUUAAACAAAGGAGGAGAAUUUGCUUCAUCUGUUCGUACCUCUACUCAGUCUUCCAUGCUUGAGUUUGACAAAGGAUGUGCAGAUGCUGCCAUACAACAAGCUGAUUGGGAUGCUUCGAGAGUCAGGGAAAAACUUAAACGUGAUAUAGAUGCUCAUGCAUCAUCCGUUCGCAGUGCAAAGUUGUCAGAACUGAAUAUCAAUUAUGAGAAACAACUUUCUUCAUCUUUAACUGGACCUGUAGAGGCACUACUGGAAACUGGUGGAAAAGACACUUGGACUUCAAUAAGAAAACUUCUUAAUCAUGAAACUGAAGUUGCAGUAUCAAAGUUCUCAGCUGCAGUUGCUGGUUUUGAGUUGGACAAAGAUACAUCUACCAAAAUGACGCAAAAUUUAAGGGAUUAUGCAAGAAAUGUGGUUGAGAAAAAAGCACGAGAAGAGGCUGCAAACAUUAUGAUCCACAUGAAGGAUCGGUUCUCGACAGUCUUCAAUUAUGACAGUGAUUCAAUGCCUAGGGUUUGGACUGGGAAUGAAGACAUUAGAAGUAUUACCAAGGAUGCCCGCUCCGCGUCUCUAAAGCUUUUGUCGGUCAUGGCUGCCAUCCGCUUGGAGGAGAAGCCAGAUAAUAUUGAAAAACUUCUCUUUUCUUCUUUGAUGGAUGGAACUGUUACCGUUUCAUCUUCGCAAGAUAGGAGAAUAGCAGCUUCUACAGAUCCUCUUGCCUCAAGCACUUGGGAAGAGGUUUCAUCAAAGGAUACUUUAAUUACUCCAGUACAGUGCAAGUCGUUGUGGAGACAGUUCAAGGCAGAGACCGAGUAUAGUGUCACUCAAGCUAUUUCAGCCCAGGAGGCUCACAAGCGGAGUAACAACUGGUUGCCUCCUCCAUGGGCUAUUAUGGCGAUGAUUGUUCUUGGUUUUAAUGAAUUUAUGCUCCUUUUAAAGAACCCUCUCUACCUCAUGGUUCUAUUUGUUGCAUUUUUAAUUUCAAAGGCCUUAUGGGUACAGAUGGACAUUGCGGGACAGUUCCAACAUGGCACUCUGUCAGGAAUACUAUCUAUUUCAUCGAGGUUUCUUCCAACUGUCAUGGAUCUUCUAAGAAAACUUGCAGAAGAAGCUCAGGGUAAUCCAGCACCGGAAGCACCCAGGGGGCCAGUAUCCGUUGCUUCCCAGAGUCAUAGAAACGAAACACCUCUGCCAAACACAAUAUCAAGUUCAAUUCCUGAGUCAUCUGUUUCGUCUAAUAUCUCGUCAUCGGAUGGUGACGUCGAAUACUCAAGCCCUCCCUUGAGACAAAGGCGACCUACGAACGUUCAAGAAGUCGAACCGUUGUGAUGUAUAUGCUCUAUGUUGUCUGUAACCUGUGUAUCAGAUUAGAAUUACAACGCUG